CAGACUCUUUAUAAUAUCUCAGUUUCUUUUCAGGACAGAGCAACUGUAAGAGAGUUCACAGCUUUCCGCCGACAGCAGAAACACACAGUUACAGACUGCUGUUAAUGGAAAGAGGAAAAUUGCCCCCUCCAUAUUCACCAGUGGCCCACAACAACAUACCCGGCCCAGGAAUGCAGGUUGCCUUUCAAACCCAGCCAGCUCCAAUGGCCACAGUUUACCAACCCCAAGCUGCCCAGAUGCAAGUCAUGGCUGCACCUCAGCCUGUAUAUAUGCCUGCCCCUGCACAGCCUGUAAUUCAUAUGGUCCAAAAUCCUCCGCCAGUCCAAGUGACACAGCCUGUAAUUCAUAUGGUCCAAGCUCCUGCGCCGGCCCAAGCUCCAGCGGCUCCUGCUCCAGCCCAGGGUAAGAAGUAAAGCCUUACUUUGUGUUCAAAUACUAGAAGGUUUCAUCAAGCACAAUGCAUCGGUGUGACAUGUUAGAGGUUUAAAAUCAUAAUAUUAUACAUUUUUAUCAGUAUUAAAGUGGUCAUAUGAU